UUUACUGGAUUCAUAUUUACAUCUGAAGCUCUGUCAGAUAGUACAAUACACGACGUUGCAAAAAGUUGUUUUCCAACUUUCGAUGGUGUUGUCUUGACUAUGAAGGACCUAUAUAUAUCAGAGAAAUCGGACGUACAGUGGACGUAUUCCAAAUGCGAUGUAUUUGACGAAUGCAUGUCAAAUCCUUGUGGUCAAGGCAACGUCUGUGUAAACAAACAGUCUGGAUAUCAAUGCAAAUGUCUAGGCGGAUACAGUGGAGAUAAUUGUGAGGUUCCUCCAGACUUCUGUGAAAUAAAUGAUUGUAGAAACGAUGCAACAUGUUCGAGUCACUUCUCCAAUUAUACGUGUCAUUGUUCAAUGGAUUUUACUGGGACUUUUUGUGAGAGUGAAAUAGUCAAUGGCAACUGGGGUUCUUGGUUAAGUUGGUCAGAAUGCUCAGCUGUAUGUGAAGGUGGUAUCCAAAUAAGGGAGCGUUAUUGCAAUAAUCCAACUCCCGAUAGAUAUGGUUUAGCCUGUGUGGGCAGCAGUACAUCAAAUCAAUCGUGCAACAUAGACCCUUGUCCAGUGUGUCCUCAUUACUUUACGAUAUAUGCAUACAAGAAUGUCUUCAAUUGUACAACGGCAGCAGAUACUUUGUCAUGUACCGUAACUUGCCAAGAUGGCUAUACAUUUGUUAGAGAUUAUCUCCCCCUUGAUUUGUAUGAAUGUGGACCUGUGACUGGAUUUGCCUGGAAUGCCCGACCGCCACCAUGUGCUAGUGCAAAAAGUCCAAGGACACUACAAGUCAGCACUUCUGUUACAUACCGUGCCGAUUGCAGCAACGAAAACCAAAUUUCGAAAGCUAUAUCGCAAUCUUUAAACGAACUUCAGUGCGUCCAGAAUAAAACAUGUACAGCUGCCGCUGUAACAUCUGGUUGUGACGACAGUCGGAGAAAACGAUCAACGUCAUCAUUAAAUGCUGUAGUACAGCUUUAUACAGAACUUUCACAGAACGCUUUAAAUCUAGAUACGUUCUAUUCAAACAAUAUAGUUUCCCCUGGUUUAUCAGAGCUGAUAACAGCAUAUACUGAUUUAACUAUGUCAGUUAUUCAGAUGAAUACUACGGAUGUUUUAACACUAGAUACUAAUGGCAAUAUAUUCACAGCGGACCUCUCAUCAUUAAUUGUCACAACUAGUAUGAUAUGCCCAGAUGGGUCAGUGGAACAGGACCUGGUUUGUGUGGAAUGUCCGUAUGGUACAUUCUGGAGUAAUGGACUUUGUGUUAUGUGUUCUAAAGGAACCUACCAGGACGCAAGUGGGCAAAUGCAUUGCAAAAAAUGCCCAGAAGGAUUCACAACCAACUACAUUGCAUCUACAAACGAAACCGAAUGUAACAUUGAACAAGCUACAGAAUCAACAGAACGAUCAGAUCUGAAUACCAAGAUAAUUUUACCAGCAGCUGUCUGCGGAAUCACAAUACUUUUCAUUACCAUCCUUGGUAUAAGCAGCUGUAUUUAUAAACACAAACAAAGAAAAAUAAUAAGAAGCGGCAGUACGAAAUCACUAAGAAGUAUUGGGAAACCAUGUAUUAUCUUUCCGACAAAAGAUAGCUCAAACAAACUAAAAGUUCCUCCUCUAACGAUGGAUGAAUCUAAAAGCGGGAAUGGCUGGAUAGAAGAUUCCUUGUCACUUUCAAAUGGGCGAAAUUCUGUUGCUAGCUUGACCAAGGUCAAUAUAUUGCAAAAUGGACCUCAUAUUGAAAACAGUUUUAGAUAUACAGGACUACCAUCAAAAUGGGAAAACAGAGGAGCACCUAUUUCUGGACACAUUGUUAAGAAUAACUAUAAAGGAAGUUUGUCUGUUGAGAAUCUAGACUGAUUCUAACACUUCUUUCAUUGCUAUGAAAUCAUGUUUUGCAUUCAUACAUAGUGUACAAUUGAUAAAACAAAAGUUUGUUUGAUAGAAAUCAUUGAUAUUAAGAGGUAGGAUCAGUUUCCCCUGUUUUUGUUUAACUCAAAGGUUAAAAUCAGAAAUUAAAGUUGUUAAAAUCUACCGGAAAAUUUGGAAUAUUCAGAGUCUAUAUAAUAAAUAUUAAACAUCUAAUUACUUAAAGGUGCAUAAGCUAUCGAAUUCAUGUUUACCGAUUUAACUAAAACUUUCAUAUUUUAUGUAUACCAUAGUGAAACGAAUAUCCAAUUUGCAAUAGUAAAAAAAUCAACGAACAAUUCAUGAGGUCUCUACAAUGUUGAAGCAUUUCUUACGUAUUUUGGUGCAGGUGCCAUCUCAUUAUUCAUCGAGAUGACCUCUGAAUACUGCCGACGGACAUAUAACCUGAAAUGAACAAAAUAUAAAUAUAAACAUGUAGUGAGCACGUGGAAUCGGAUUUUUCUAGGUCUGUUUGAUUCCAUGUUGUAGGUUGAACAUAUAUAGAAAUCAUCGUUUUCCUUGUAUGAAAAUGAUUUUUUGUGGGCCGGAAAGGUCAACGAAAUGGUUAUUCUUGGUGGCUCCAUAGUUUCACUUUUGAAUAUUGACAUUCUUUUCGUUUGAAUGAACGAGCAACAUGAUGAUAACAUGUGCAUCUAUCUCAUCUUAAGGUCAAAUUAAAAGGUUGCAUGAACACGGAUUCAAAUGAGUUGACCUAUUCACUUGGGAGUCAAUAAUACACCAGUUAUGUUUUAAAGCUUAUUUUGACUCAACUAAACCAAAUUGACUGCUUAUAGCAAUAUAUUGUUCUAUUUUUUUAUAGCUUUUAUGAAUGUUUGAAACAAAAAAAAAUCAUAUGUUAUUAAUUUGUCGAAUUUGUAGCUAACGCACCUUUAAUUGUAUAACAAGAAUUACUUUACAAUAACAUUUAGAAGUUGUAUGAUAUAAGGGACUUUCCGUUUUGAAUUUUCCUUGGAGUUCGGUAUUUUUGUUACUUUACUUUAUAUUAUAUGCAUAUUUGUCUUACACUUAUUGAAUAUUGUUGAGUUAAUUUAAAUGAUACCAAUACUGUAUGAAUUCAUCAUUUUUACCUGUUUUAAACAUGGUAUAUUUCAUUACAAUUUCUCACUUUUUUUUAUGUGUGUGUGUUUGUUUGAUUAUUUUGUAAAUUUUUUUUGGUUAUAUUUCAAUGUACUCCAUUAGGGCCUAAUGGAUGAUAACUUUCAGACCUUACUGUGUUUAUCUCUUUAAAUAAAAUUAUUAUUAUUAUCA